AUGCAUAUCCCGAUCCAGCUUAUCUUUACUGCGCUCCUGGCCCUCGUCGCGACCCUCAAGGCUCCCAGCCCUCUCGACGGACCAGGAGUCGUCGCGCUCAUUGACGGGGUUGUCACCAGCCUCGUUGAUGUUCACGAACACGCCGACCAUUUUGUCCGAAGGAUGGUCGGCACCACCACGCCGGGCCGCUUCCAGCUGCUCGAUGCCGCUCCCCAGACAUCUCUGGCAGAAUGCGCCAGGCCCUUGAUUGUUGAGGAUGACGUCGUCUUCACCAACAUGUCGAUCAUUGUCGACGACGGAGUCUGCCCUGCCGUGUGGAACACCGUCGUCACCUUCGACAUCGUCGUCCCUGCCGCCUCGGUGUCGUCGGGCGCUGUGGUUGAGGUCGUCAAAGCACUGUCAGUCCGUGGGCCGACAUCCAUCUCCGCGCUGACGUGCUCUCCGAUGGAUGCCCCCGUGACGCAUGCCUACAUGGAGUCCAUGUACAUCACCAGUCUUGCAUGGUUCACAGCCCUGGUCACUGUCUAUGUCGUUGCGGUUACUCUUCUCGUGAAGCAUCGGGUUACAUCAAUGCACCGGACGCGCUUGAAUGUCGAAGCAGGGCCUAGUGCCCCUCCAUUCAAGCCUGCUAGUCCUGGCUCACCCGAGACCUCACCACCGUAUUCGACAAGCCUGCAGCCAUUGGUGAUGAUGGAUUUCCUGUCCUAUGUACACGACAAUAUUUGCCAUACACUCGAUCACGUCCUCUCGCCCGUUCCAGCCUCGUAUGACGACGAUCAAGUGGGAUGUUCUGUCACCUUCGAAGAGAUCGUGGCCGAGGUGUCACAUAUUGCGUCGGUCACAGAUAUGCUGUAUGCUGAGGCUGCUUCACAGCGCGCUGAUGCGUGUGGAGAGGGUCUGCGACCCUCAUCCCGUCAGUGCCUGUCGGUCUCACCGAAGACGGACACGACAUACCCACCGAUUGAUCAAGGCGAGGCAGUGUCAACGAUGAUCAGUACCUUCAUCGCGACAUUGCCAUCGCCUUUCCUCGCCGGAUCGUCUGCACCAGUACCAACCAUAGUGGUGCUCGAUGCUCCUCUCGCUUCAGUCGUACGCUCGCCCGAGACGGAGCCGAAGAACGAAGCCAAGCCCGAGACACUGGACACAUCAUCGGUCAUGACACACGAUAACAUAUGGGGCGACAAGGGUCUGCGACUCUGGCUCCCUCCCGCGCACACCCUCGAGACACUUCCAUCUACCCCGCCCGCCAUCACCAGUUCGGACGUUGGAGCCUCCGCCCACGCAGAUGAGGUGCCUGCCUCCCCAAUGAUCUCCACGCCUGUCAUCUCUGGUGUUGGUGCAUCAGCCAACGUCGACAAUCUGGUGGUCCUGCCCACACCCGAGGAUGCAGCGAGGCAGCUCGCCUGGUUCGCGCUGUGCUUCUUGCUCGCUCGAAUGCAACUCAUGCGCUUGUGUCUUCUCGCUACUCACGGCUCCGCAUCGCACUUGAAGCACAGCACUGAUGGGACGCAGUUCAUGCUCUUCUUUGUGGGUGGCCAGCUGUACGCCGGAUUCAUUCCAGAUCAUGCUCGCUGGCCAGAUGGCUCUGUGAUGUUCCCGCACGCGAACGACGACGACGUCUCGAGAGAAGCUGCACGGGAUAAUCUCUUCGAGACGAUUGGCCAUGGAACAGCGCGUCGGAUAGCAGUGAGUAAACUCCGUAUGGAUGAUGGUCGAGUGCUUAUAACCCUCCAUAGGAACCACCUCCCAACGAUCAACACCCAGAAGAACCACCUGCGAACGAUGAACAUCAAUAUGAACCGAGGAGACGCCGUCGCCGUCGCCGUCGACACGGUUCGGUGGAUGACGCGGACCUGCCUGGAGCAGUGUCGGUGCAAUUCGACGACGAGAUCACCUCUCGCCCUCCCAAUGCUCUCACCAGCCAUCAAGAACCAUCUCAAACUUCUUCUCCGCUUCCUUCCUCUGCCUCUGCCUCUGCCUCUGCCUCAUCUCCUUCGACCUCAAGACAGCGACCUGUGA